GGGAAAAAAAAAAAAAAGAAGGCUAAUGUACUUUUUAGAACGAACCCCUCACUGUGUGCAGGCUUGGUCUGACCAAAGUUGAGAGCAAGACAAGCAGGAUUCCCAGGUAGUAUGAUGAAGACCCUGAUGGCAUUCCUGUGGGCUGUAGCCUUCAUGGGCUCCAGCAGCUCCCAGAACACAGCAGGGGCUGAGGAGCCUCUGCCAGGGCCUGAUGCCACUGGGGCCACGGCAGUAGAAGAGGAAGACCCCUUCUUCAAAGUCCCCGUGAAUAAGUUGGCAGCGGCUGUCUCUAACUUCGGCUAUGACCUUUACCGCCAGAAGUCCAGCGAAAGCCCCACGGCCAACGUGCUUCUGUCUCCGCUGAGUGUGGCCACGGCUCUGUCUGCUCUCUCCCUGGGUGCUGAGCAGAGGACAGAGUCCACCAUUCACCGUGCCCUCUACUAUGACCUUAUUACUAACCCAGACAUACACAGCACUUACAAGGAACUCCUGGCCUCUGUCACGGCUUCUCAGAAGAAUCUAAAAAGCGCCUCCCGGAUUGUCUUAGAAAAAAAGCUGCGGAUAAAAUCUGGGUUUUUCACGCUCCUGGAAAAAUCUUAUGGGACGAAGCCCCGAAUUCUGACAGGCAACAACCGGAUCGAUCUCCAGGAGAUGAACAACUGGGUUCAGGCUCAGACGAAAGGGAAGAUCGCCAGGUCUUCGAGGGAUCUGCCCAGUGACAUUAGCAUCCUCCUCUUUUCCGUGGCUCACUUCAAAGGGCAGUGGGUGACAAAGUUUGACUCCAGAAAGACUUCACUUCAGGAUUUCCAGUUGGAUGAAGACAGGACCAUCAGGGUCCCCAUGAUGUCAGACCCCAAGGCCACCCUUCGCUACGGCUUCGACUCUGACCUCAACUGCAAGAUAGCCCAGCUGCCCUUGAGUGGGAGCAUGUCAAUAAUUUUCUUCCUGCCCGUGAGAGUGACCCAGAACUUGACCCUGAUCGAGGAGAGUCUCACCUCCGAGUUUGUCCAUGAUAUUGACAGGGAGCUAAAGACCAUCCAGGCUGUGCUGACCGUGCCCAAGAUCAAGCUGACCCAUGAUGGCGAAAUCACCGAAACUGUGAAACAGCUGAAGCUGCAGUCUUUGUUUGACGCCCCAGAUUUCAGCAAGAUCACAGGCAAACCUCUCAAGCUCACUCAGGUGGAACACAGGGCAGCCUUUGAAUGGAACGAGGAUGGAACAGGAAUGGCCCCCAGCCCCCAACCUGCUCGCCUCACCUUCUCUCUGGACUACCACCUAAACAAGCCUUUCAUCUUCGUUCUCCGGGACACGGACACUGGGGCCCUUCUCUUCAUCGGCAAAAUCUUGGACCCCAGGGGCCCCUGAGUGGCCCAGGGCAGAGGAUAACCCAGGCCAACUGGUGCAUGUGAUGUCCGUGGGCUGACCCGCAACUUCCCCACACACGCUCUGCAAUAAAGGUGGUCAUGUGAGCCUCUGAAAACUGA